AUGGCAAUCGAACUUCAAACCCCCAUCGUUUCCAGCAAGGACCGAGCUCCAGGUCGGCAGAAGGCACAAGACGAGGCAGGCUCCGACGCUGUCAGGCCAACUGAGGUGUUCAAAAAGUACUUCGGGGGCAUCUGGGUGAAGAUCAUCAACAAAACCCAAUUCAACCUCAGCUACGUGCCCGGCGACCUGAAAUACGGCGAGAUGAUUAAUGGCCCGCCCGACGCCGACGCGUGGACCACCCGAGGGUUCGGCAUUGGGGGCAACACAAUCUUCGGUAUGGGUCCGAGGCCGAUGGGCGGAAUACAGAUGCGCCUGAAGCUGGAUAAUGGCCACGAUUUUGACUUUACUCUCGGACUUUCAUCGGCACUAAUGGGAAACUACAAUGCGUCUUUGGUCAAAGGCCACGACCGCGGCGCUGCCAUCAAGGCGCUCAACGCAGCUGGUGCUUCCAUCUCGUCCGAAAAGUACGAGGGAGUCAUAAAAGGCGACAUCAAGCAUGCCAAGACUCAGUUCAACAUCAAUGUAGUCACAUCGCCCGGCUAUGAGAUGAGUUUGGUCAUCUCGCAGGACGAGUGA